GGAAGAAGCCGUGGUCCAAUCCCAGCCAAGAUUUCAGGGGAGGGAGGGGGCAGCAGGGGAAGCGCACGGCGCAACGACCCGCUCCCCGGCGAGACGAGGGAAUAGCAGAGGAGGCCACCCGCAGCCCAAACCCAGGCCAUCCCGUUCCCACCCCUCUCUUCUCCACCACCUACUCUCCCCUCCCCCCUCCUCUCUCUAGGUAGGAUCGCCGACAGCCAACCACGCGCGCGCGGGCGCCCGCCCGUCCCCCCGCGCUUUCCACUGCACACAAAUACUGCCGGGAGAGGAACAGGAGGAGGAGAGGGAGCAGGAGCGCUGCAGUGCCGGCCUGACGGCCUGUCUCUUCUCUGCUACUGCUUCCGGCGGCUCCGUUCUCGGCCUCCCCCCGGCCAUGUCCUCCAUGGAUGGUGUUUUUAUCCCUGUUUCUUGCCGUUUUGAACCGUACAUCGAGGGAAUUGUGCGGGAGUUAAUGGUUUCCAUGUGGUUGUCCUGGCUGUGGGCGCAGAUGAGGGCUACGGCCCUACUUGGGACAGCGACGACGAAUACGACAACUUCAUACGCAAGAUGAACCCGCCGAGGAUUGUGAUAGAUAACGAGUCCUCAGCAGAGGCCACAAUUGUCAGGGUGGAUAGUGCAAACGAAUAUGGGAUACUGCUAGAGGUGAUCCAAGUCAUGAUUGAUCUCGACCUUGUCAUAGGCAAGGCGUAUAUUACCUCGGAUGGUGGAUGGUUCAUGGAUGUCUUCAAUGUGACCGAUAAGGAAGGGAAGAAGAUCAAAGAUGAGGAAACCCUCGCGCAGAUCGAAGACUACAUCAGAAAGUCCUUGGGCGCCGAUUCAAGAUACAUACCUUCACGCCGGAGAUCAGUAGGCGUUGCUGCUGCAGCUGACCACAAUGUCAUUGAGUUGAUGGGGACGGACCGGCCAGGCCUGCUCUCCGAAGUCAGUGCGGUGCUUGCCAGCCUCAAGUGCAAUGUGGUCAGCGCCGAGAUCUGGACUCACAAGACCAGAGCUGCAGCCGUGAUGCGGGUCACCGACGAGGACACCGGGCUGGCCGUCACAGAUGCCGAGAGGCUGGAGAGGAUCAGGGAGAGGCUUUCAUACCUGCUCCGGGGAGGCGACCUCUCUAGGGGAGCCGCCAUGGCAGUGUCGUCAGGGACUGCCACCACGCACACCGACAGGAGGCUGCACCAGAUGAUGCUCGAUGAUGGCGACUAUGAGCAGCUCCAGUGGCAGGCUCCGGAGCAGUCUCAGAGGCCUAAUGUCACCGUGAGGAACUGGAACGACAAGGACUACUCGGUGGUGACCAUCCGGUGCAAGGACAGGUCCAAGCUUCUGUUUGACACGGUUUGCACUCUGACAGACCUGCAAUAUGUUGUUUUCCAUGCAAACAUUGAUGCCAAGGAUAAUCAAGCUUACCAGGAAUUUUAUGUAAGGCAUGUGAAUGGAUCGCCGAUGAACACUGAAACUGAGAGGUUGCGAGUCAUCCAGUGCCUUGAAGCAGCUAUUGAACGGAGGGUAUCCGAGGGUGUCAAACUUGAGCUGUGCACUAAUGACAAGGUCGGCCUGCUAUCCGAGGUCACCCGCAUCUUCCGUGAGAACAGCCUGACUGUUACCAGAGCAGAGGUGACCACAAGAGGCAGGAUGGCUGUCAACACGUUCUACGUCCGCGGUUCUGCGGGCGAGGCGGUCGAUCAGAAGACAAUAGACUCCAUCAGGCAAGCCAUCGGGCAGAACCUCCAGGUGAAAGGCCAGCCUGAGCCACCGGAGCCGCAGAAGAAAGAGUCCCCCACAUGGUUCCUCUUCGCCAACUUGUUCCGGCCAAGGUCUCUCUACAGCCUUGGUUUGUUCAUGCGCUGAUCAUAUCGCCGUGUCCUGAAAACCACCAUGUAAAUUCAUUAGGCAUGAAGCAAAGUUCAGGAAAACCGGGGGAUCAGAAAGAACAAGCGUUCUCUCAUCAGCUUCAGUAGUGCAGGAUAUAUUGGGGUCUAGAUAGCAAAUGGGGAUGUUCAUAUAUCAUGGUUGUUUGUAAAUAUAGUCGGUUUCGCCAUCCCCGUGUUGUACAUACAUUUAUAAUGUAGAUAAAGGAUGUAAAUAUAAGCUGUACAGAAUAUGAUUGAAUCCCAGAUGGUUACCACCUUAGAAAGCCA